AUGUCUGCCCCAUUCUUGGCGCUACCGAUCGACGCAAUCGAGAACGGUGAACCAAGUGGUAAGGCGAUCAACAAGACAUUGAACGCAAACGCUAAGUCGGCAACGCAUUUUCGCAACGUUGAGGGACACGGCCACGGCAUUGCAGAGGGCCCCAUUGCCAUUCCUUGGCAGACCCCUACGCCGAUCCCCCAAGCCUCAGAACCCUGCCUCCUGUUCAUUCUAAAUUAG